UGUCAUUAACAAAAAAAAAAAUGUUAUUUCAAAAACCAAUAGAAUUUUAAUACGUGUGCUUGAACAAGGUUUAUUUAUUCAAACUCAAAAUACCGACUUAAUCCGAGGUCUUCCACUAUCCAAUUAAAUAUCAAUUAAUCAUACCUCAUUAUUCCUUCACAACAUCUGCGUUUUUUUCUAAUCAACAAUGAAAAAUCUAUUGAUUUUCAUCAUUGUUUCCACGUCAAUUAUUGGAUUAGCUUCAUUACAACAAGUUGAUCAUAAAAUAGUCAAAUGUCUUGUAUGCAAAAAUACUGUCCAAGAAAUGGAAGAUGCCAUUUCCAAAAUCGAUCCAAAAAGAGUCGUUGAAGUUAGCGGCUUCCGAAUCGAUGAUCAAGGCAAUCUCAUUACCAAAACUGCCAAAUACAGCAAAUCAGAGACAUAUCUCACCGAACUAAUGGAAACAGUUUGUUCGACAAUGGACAACUAUGUUAAAGUGACAAUAAAGAAGACCGGCAAAUUGGAUCUUCUGAAGAUGACCGCAGAAGAUGGAAGUAUGAAUACGAUGAUGUCAGAAGUCGACUUUAUUCAAGAUGGUGACUUGAAUAAAAGUCUGCCGCAUUAUUGCCUUGAAUUGUUAGAAGAUCAAGAAGAGGUUUUCCUUAAAGCUUUCAUGAGUGAAACUUUAGAAAGUGAUUUGGAUAUUAGAAUAUGCUCACAGAUGACAAACAUUUGCAAAGAUGCACCAAUUCAGGAGGAUUAUCAGUUGGAAGAGGAUGAUUCGAAAGAUGAAUUAUAAUGAAUUUAGUUUCAGUUUUUUGAAACAGCAGAGAAUUGAUUGAUUGUAUUAGUUAGGAGAAUUGUGUUAUAUUAAAAUUUUGUUUUAUUUUUUUUUUAGUUUGAUUUUGUAUUUAUUAUUUUUUUUUUUUAAUUUUGAAAAAAUAGUGGUUCCUAGAGUCCAACCAAGAUGACUUAAACAAUAAUAAUGAUAUUAAUAUGUAAACAAAUCCUCCGUCUUUAUAGAUGUACCUUCCAUUUGAUAAAAAACAGUAACAAUAAAAGUGAAACAAGAU